AUGCCUGUUGACCCGCAUAUGAAAAAUCCAAAACCUAAAUUGAGAACGUGGAGAGAGUUGGCGAGGCGUCGGGGAUGGGGAUACCCCGACAUUUUACGCUUCGAGGGCUCAGUAGGCAUUUUUGUUACUCAAAUUAGAAAUUGCACGCGUGAAACGUGGGUUGGAGUCACAGAAUAUAAUGAAGAAGAUCAUUUUGAAAAAGAAAAGAUGAUAAGACUCCUAUUAGCGUUUUCCGUUGCUGUUAAACAUCAUCUUAGACUGGAAUUUGGUACACAUUGGUUUGACUUGAAAGACCUUCUUCCCGAAGGUUUUCAAUUGACAUAUUUUGAUGGCAAUGCAACACAGGAUGGUGGGGAUCCCAAUCAUCACGAGAAUGGUGGUUUGCCAUCUGUGCAUUCAACACUCCGUAAACUCACCAGUAGAAUUCCUCCUACCACUUAUUAUUAUAUCCGUAAUUCUUAUUCACCGGAUGAGAGUCGUAUUUGGUUUGGUGAAGAUGACUGGGGCGGUGAUAUAGAUGCGAGCAUGAGUCUUCCAUUAGAAAUCGUGUUUCAUUUAGAUUUGUACUUCAAUGAAAGAUUAAGAGAAGGCAAACUAGACGGUUCUCAUUUUG